AUGGGUCGCUUUUUGGAUCUCGCUCUCCUCCUCUUUGGCUUUCAGGCCACAGGCAUCUUUGCCCAAGCUGAUGCGGAGGUGGAAGAAGAGAUCGAAAAUCCCUCUCAAUCUCCCGCCCUUGCCGUCUCGGUCGAAGCAACCUUUCCUGACGCGGAAAUCUUCGGCAUCAAGAUCACGAACGGCAAACCUUACGAAUCACGUCUCGCUUUUCUAAACGAAGAGCCUGAGCCGGUCACGGUUCAAUUCGUCGGGGGGAGUCUAUGGACAUUCGAUGGCACGAAUCCUCGCAUUGUUCGAAACCUCACUACGGCCCAAUAUGCUGUCGAGAUCCCGCCGGGCGAAAAGCAGACACUGCCCUACCGUUUCCAGACGAACCUUCACCCACAAGAUCUGAGACUCAACUUGGCUGCCGUCAUUAGUUCGCAGAAUGCGUUCUACACUCUGCAGGCGUUCAAUGGCACUGUCACCGUUGUCGAGCCAGACGCGAGCAUCUUUGAUCCUCAGCUUCUCUUCCUGUACUUCUUCCUGCUCGCGUGCGCUGUUGGAGUCGGUUACUUCUUCUAUACCAUCUGGAUUGUCCCUUACUUUCCCAAGAAGCGCAAGCCCGUUAAGGGCGGCAAGAGAAGCGACAUGGCGAAGAAGGUUGAUAGUGGUGUUACGUCGGACUCCGAUGGCCCGGCUGUCUCGAGCGGCAAAGCAUACAACGAGGAAUGGAUCCCGAGCCAUCACAUUCAACGACCUGAGGCAAGGAGGGUCAAGAGUGGUGCAAGGCCAAAGAGUCGUGGCAAGGCCGAGUAG